AUGGCGCGCGGCGGGCGGCGGCGUCGUGGGGAGGCUGUAGCAAGCGCGUGGCGCUGGCGGGGGGCUGCUGUGAUAUAUCUCUCGGAUCGCCAUGGCCACUCCGAUCCGGCUUGCCGCGGCUCCUCCUGCUCGUCCUCCGCAGCCACUGUCGCCGCCUCCACCGCCGCCCCACCACGACACGACGCUCACGCUGUCGCUGGCGCUUCCACCUCCCCGUUCGUCUGCGCGAUCUCCCCGAGGCCGGUGCCGCGGCCGCCGGACGGCGGCGUCGCCAGGGUGCGGUCGUCGUCGCUCACGGAGGACACGCCGCCGUCGCCGUGCAGCGAGUGCGGCAAGCAGUUCCCGUCGUGGAAGGCGCUGUUCGGCCACAUGCGGCGCCACCCAGAGCGCCAGUGGCGCGGGAUCAAGAAGCCGCCGCACUUCCGCCACCAGGCCGUCGUGGCGGCGGCUGCGGCCGCGGACCUGCGUUUCACCGAGCAGGAGCGCGAGACCGCCACGAGCCUGCUCAUGCUGCGGCAAGGUGAGCCUGGCAAGGGCAAGAAGAGUAUCCUCGGCGCCUCGCCUACCGCCAAGGCGAGCUGCGGCGCCAGCACGUCGGCUUCUUCGCCGCCGCCACCAAGGUGCGACGACCACAAGUGUAGCGUCUGCGCUCGAGGGUUCGCCACCGGGCAGGCUCUCGGCGGGCACAAGCGGUGCCACUGGGAGAAGACGACAUGCGCGGAGGUGACGAUGGCGGUUGCAACAUCUAGCGGCUGCAGCGCGUCGCCCACGUCGUCGUCACAAGCGGCGCCGGCCACCACGCUGGACCUCAACCUGCCGCCGCCAGGGAUGCCGCCAUUGCCAAAGAAACGGAAGCGCGAUCAAGGCGAGGUCUUGGACGCCACGUUGGAUUUGAAGCUUGGGUUCUAG